AAUCUCAGCCUUCUCAUUCAGACGGAAAGUUAUUGAAGAUCUAGCAUCUCAAUCUUCAGAAGGAACAACAGAAGCGGACCCCUUUUUUUCCUGCUUUUUGCGACAAUGCGGCCCCCAGAGCUUUUACCAAAUGCCUCGUUCUACAUGGGUCCACAGGAGGAGCCCCCUCUGCCACGAGCCGGCUUUAUCGUGCUCGCCAUCAUCAUGACCUUUUUUACCAUUCCUGCCAUCGUGCUGAACGCUACAGUAAUCAUUGUGUCCCUUAUGCACAAGCAGCUGAGGCAGCCGCUCAACUACGCUCUGGUGAACUUGGCUGUAGCUGACCUGGGCACGGCGAUGACUGGAGGGGUGCUGUCGGUGGUCAACAACGCCCAGGGGUAUUUCUCCCUGGGCAGGACAGGCUGUGUGAUGGAGGGCUUUGCAGUGUCCUUGUGUGGCAUCACAUCCCUGUGCACGGUGGCUCUGAUUGCAGUGGAGAGGAUGUUUGUGGUGUGCAAGCCUCUUGGACAGAUAGCCUUCCAAAAGAAGCAUGCCAUUGGAGGUGUAGUCUUAUCCUGGCUGUGGUCUCUUGCCUGGAACUUGCCCCCGCUGUUCGGCUGGGGCAGGUACGAGCUGGAGGGCGUCGGGACAUCCUGCGCACCUGACUGGCACAACACAGACCCCAACAAUGUCUCCUACAUCAUUGCUUACUUUGCAGUGUGUUUUGCUUUACCUUUCACUCUGAUCCUGGUCUCAUAUGCAAAACUUCUGUGGACGUUACACCAGGUUUCAAAGAUGGCCUGUAUGGAGGGAGGAGCAGUAGCUAAAGGGGAGAUGAAGGUGGCGUCCAUGGUGAUUCUGAUGGUCCUGUCUUUCCUGGUCAGCUGGCUGCCAUAUGCCGGCCUGGCCAUGUUUGUGGUCUACAAACCUGCUGCGAAGAUUCAUCCGCUGGUGGGCACAGUGCCGGUUUACCUGGCCAAGAGCAGCACUGCGUACAAUCCCAUGAUCUAUAUCUUACUCAACCAACAGUUCCGCAAGUAUGCAGUGCCCUUCCUGCUAUGCGGGAAGGAGGUAAUGGAUGAAGAUGAAACAUCGGAGGCAACAACUACUGUGGAGGCAAUCUCAACAAAUAAAGUUGGUCCCAGUUGAACUCUGCAAUUUAAUGAUGACCAAAAUUCUGUAUGAAGCACAAUAAUAAAUCGGUUUCCUGUUUCUUGUUAUGGAUGUACGAGUGUUGUUGCUUUUUUCAAAAUGUGCAUUAUGAAUACACAGCAAAUCUGAUUUACACAUGAAUGAGAACAUUAAUUCAGCAUAAAUUUAUUUAAUGAUGAUAGAAAACAAAAUAUCAAAUGAAGUCCAGGUCAAAAUCAAAUGAAAAAAAAAA